CGCAGUCACAUGUACUUGUGGUCAAAUAAAGAUAAACGCACAAUCGGUGGUUUUGUUCAGAUGUGGCAGUGGCACCUUCGGGGAUUCACGCUGAUAACUGGCCUUCUCCUCCACACGACGGCUUUGAGGAUCAGAUGUAAAACAUGCCUUGGCUCAAUGAAAGUUACGAACCACUUGAUUCAUUGAUGAAGAAAUUCGCGAUAAAUUAUGGGUUGAAAAGCAGUGAAAAGGAUGCGUGCAAUGUACCGUUUGGGUCUCCUUUUGGCCUUGUCGCAUGUGUCUGCGUGUCUGCUCUUGGGCGCGUUCAACAUCAAGUCUUUUGGUGACAAGAAAGCCUCCAACACCACCUUGAUGAACAUCAUUAGCAAGAUUGUCCACCGUUAUGACAUCAUUCUGAUCCAGGAGGUCCGAGACAAUGACCUCUCAGCCACCAAAAAACUCAUGCAGCAUGUCAACAAAGGUUCUUCACAAUUUAGGUACAAGCACAUCGUCAGCGAGCCUCUGGGUCGUAGUUCCUACAGGGAACGCUAUCUCUUCCUGUACAGGGAGGAGACAGUCUCAGUGGCCAAAAACUAUACUUAUGAUGACGGUUGCGAGCCCUGUGGGAACGACACUUUCAUAAGGGAGCCCUUCGUCGUCAUGUUCUCCUCCUACGACACUGCUGUAAGGAACUUUGUUUUGAUCCCACAACACACUGCACCAGACUACGCCUUGCAGGAAGUAGACGAGCUGUACAACGUGGUGACUGAUGUCCGCACCAGAUGGAACACCAAUGACAUCAUUCUACUCGGCGACUUCAACACAGACUGCAGAUAUGUCGCAGGCUCAGAUUGGAUGAAGAUCCGACUUUUCACGGACAAGAGCUUCCAUUGGCUGAUCCCUAAUGAUGCCGACACCACAGUGUCACACACUGACUGUGCAUAUGACAGGAUCGUGGUCACUGAUGAGAUGAUGAGGGGAGUCGUGGACCACAGUGCUAAGGUGUAUGACUUCAUGGUGGAUUUGAAUCUCAGCUUCAGUAUGGCAUUGGCUGUUAGUGACCAUUUCCCUGUGGAGGUGAAGUUGCUUGCUUGAGCCUUUGACUGCCGGACACUUCAGCAUCAGCCUAGACUGGAAUUCUCCCAUGCCCAAUCCAAAAAACUAUUGGGACUGAACCAGGAUUACACAUAAACUAAAGUAAUAAAACAAUCAA